AUAAAAUAAUUUACCUAAUUUUGUAAUUUCUGUAUCUGGAAGUUCUUUUCAGUACCUUAAGAGGCCACACCAAUUUGAUAACUUGUCUCUUUGAUACACUCACCAUUAUACUAAAAAGACUAUUUUAAAAAUUAAUUAUUUACUACAGUUAACUGUAGUAACUGUAGAUGAAAUCUGUUUUGAAGCAUGUUUGUUGAGUGUACUUUAAAUUUUGCUUUGGGCUGUAGUUUUCUUUUGACUUUAAGUCAUAUUUUGAUUAUCUGAUGAUAUUUCUUUCUUUCAAAGACAAGAAACUUAGUGACAGAAUUGGUGUGGCCUGUGUUGCUGCAGGUAGAGUCCAGGCGUGGACGUUCCUGCGAAUGCUGGAGUUCGCUAGGAUAGCCGCGAUCCGUCCGCUGAUUAAGGAGCACACGGGACCCCAGAACGACGGAGCCACCGCUUUCGUCCGCUACCAAAAAGUGGAGUUCACACCGGGCUUCUACGCCGUCGUAAAACCCGACUCUUCGCUGAUGAUGUCCACUUAUCUUGGCUAUGUCGGCCGAUCCUCGCUAUUCUAUAAAUACGAUAUCCGUAGCAGCACCAGCAACGACAUCAUUGGUCGAAGUUCCACUCAGAUGGUUCGAGUCAACGGACAGACACGUCGGCCAAUAGCAUGGCCCGAUGCAUUGAUUGAGAACUUAAGUAAGGAAGGCCAUGAUAGACCGACUAUCCCUGGGGCAUUUAAAGAAAGACCAGCUCCAAUGUUCGUGUGUAAAGUUGCCGUGAAUAACAGUGAUAUUGAUGUGCAACAACACACCAACCAGUCUGCCUAUCUAAGGUACUGUUUGGAUGUGGCUGCCGAAGCUGCGCGUAAAAACGUUUUCUCCGUCGUCAAGGACACCGCUCUCUGUCCAAUCAGAAAAGUCGGCAUCCUGUACCAGAAGGAGGCUCUGAUAGGGGAUGAGCUGACAGUGGAAGUGUGGGAAGAUCAGGGUUGUGCAGAAACCCUUUGUUUUCAGGUUAAGAGGGGAGAAGAAGAGAUUACGCAGGUUACAGUGCAGUUUUAUGUGGAGAAGGCCAAACUGUGAGAUAUUAGCUUGAAUUUGAGAAUAUAGUCCAUUGAAUUGUAAGGAUUAUCCUAAAUUUUACCCUUCUAUUGUUUUGGAAAAAAUUGCAUGAAACAUUGAAAGGGAAGAGAAUGGUUAAAUCUUUCAGGCACCUCACAACUUUUCUAAAUGCUAAAAGCAGCAAUAGAACACCCCAAUUUAUUGUAUAUAAAGCUCUGGUUCUGCAUGUUGUUAAUGUUUAUUCGUCCACAAGUUUGAAGAAGAGGGAAGAGACAGGAGAUUUAGAAGAAAUGUCAUAUAAUCUCGCUACACUUUUAGUUUAGUUUUCUCUUAACUCAGUAUAUAUUUAGCCCAUGUUGGGCAUGGGUAUGCAAUAAAGA